UUCCUGCCCCCGGGGCGAGAAUUAUUGUCAAGUGCACUUGCAUCAGCAAGUUGAAAGUUUGGCAGUGGCAAUAAUGGAAUGUUAAAAUCAAAAGAGUGCGGUCCCAAAGAAGUACAACAGCCUAAUGAGGUACUGGUUGAGGAUGAUCUUGGUGUCGUGUGCGUGUGUGAGCAGAAGAGAACAUUUCCCGAACAAUCGUUGCCCCCACCCGGGAGCCCCGUAUAAGACGGACGGCGGCGUAAUCCGCGGGCACAGUGUCCAGGCGGCCCGCGACGAAAAAGUAAUCGAACCAAGGGAACCCUGAGUACCGUAAAUUGGACGGAACCCGAGAAGGAGAUUGUUGGCGCGCGUACACACGAGUGACGGCGGUAAUGGUGCAAGGUCGCGCAAGGCCGUCCGCGUCUUCUUAGGAGGAUCGUUCUCGUUCGCUAUAUUUAGGAGUCGGUGCGCUUGAGUUUUUUUUUGCAUCUCAGUUCCAUCGGUACGAUUGUUUGGCGACUUCCUGGUUUUGAUAGCAGGAGUUUUUGGGACUUUUCAAUUGACGAUUUUUUUUCGAUUGGUUCUUAUUGUGAAGUGGCUGAAAUUAUUUGAGAUGAAGUUGUACCAGCCAUUGUUACUCCUCUUCGUCCUGACAUUGGCGUCUUCGGCCCCGGUCGAAACGUCCGACAGGAAAGCCAAAAACUUACCCUUCUUCGACUACAUCCAACCGGAAAUGGUCGACUACAACAACUACGACUCCGAUUACAUAUUGGGCCUGGAAGAAAACGACCUGGGCAGAACGUUGCCGGGACGAAGACGUCCCAAGCCCCGUCCCCAAUAUAACUCACCGAUCUAUUACAUACGACUACCCCCACAGCCGUACAUGUACUAUCCGGGAUUGGGGUACAUGUCGCAGCCGCCCCAAAACCCAAUGAGCCAGUUCGUGAACGUGCCGGUCAGUUUUAUAUCGAACGGGAAGCCGAACGGGAUCUACCAGUGGACGGGGGCGAUGGAUACCUUCCCCGCACCCACGGAGCUGCCGCCGAAACCGACCAAAAAACCAAUUCCUGAUUCGAAUAUUCACAGGUUGCCUGGACAAUACGUAUUUAACGGAAAGCCGGAGGAUAUUUUUGUGCUCAGGGAUUCGUAUAAUUCUUUAUACGGCGAUGCUCUGCAGAAUUUCUACCCUUAAUUCAAUUAGUUGAGGAUUUCCCACUGUGGUGUGGAAGUUGCGAUUAAUGUUUUUCAAUAUUUGAAUUAGACGGUUCUUAAAUUAAUUUUACAGUAAGCUUUUUUUUAAAAAAGGAUAUAAUUGAGUCAUUAGAAUUUAUUAUGAUAAAUUAUGUAAAAAUGUGUCUGUAAUAUUAUUUAAUGACUAGAUUUUAAGUGUUAUAGUUUUUAAAAUAUUAUUUUGGAUGUAGCCAAGUCAGACAAUAUAAUAACACCUCGAAAAUUCAUCAAGGCAACAAAAAACGACAAUAAUAGAUAGAUAGUUUAAUAUUAUUAUUUAUUUAAUGUUAUUUAUUUAGAUUAGUCGAAUUUUAUUUAAAUUAUAUUGUAUACUGA